UAUUUGUCUCCAUCUAAUCUAUCUUUUUCUUCUCUUUUGCACACCCAAUCAGCCAAUCUUCUUUUAAUAAUGAAUAAAAGUCUUGCAGAGUUGUACAGAGUCUAAAAAUGGGUUCUUAAUUGAGGGUUUAAAUAAUUGUUCCUCAUUUGUCUCACUUCAGGCUUAAAUUAUUCCUCAUAAAGAAUUGCAUUAGUUUUAAAUAAUUUCUUGUAUAAUAAAUCUUUAUUUUAUACUGAGAAGAAUCCAUGUAACCCUCUUUUUUGUAUUGGUGAAGGAUCAAAUUAUGCUAAUUCCAUUUCUCAUCCUUUAUAUAAGUUUGAAUCCUUCACCUUUCUCAACUAUAUUUCAUCUGUGAGCUUCUCUUUCCAUGCAAAGAAAAUGGGAAACUCAGUUGGCUGUUUCAGCUCAACCCAGAAGGAGCUGAGAAAGAAAACCUCCAAACAUGAUCCUUACUUUUCACCACCUAAUUCAUUGGCUUCCUCCUCUUCCAAUAGAAAAGAUCAUGGCUUCAUAUUACCUUCUCUUUCUUCUUCCAAGAAAGAGGAGAAUAAUCUUAAUAAUAUUAACGAAGAGCAGCUUGAUGAAGAUUUAGGAGAACAAGCUAUUGCUGCAGCUAUGCUGUUUCGCCAUCAUCAAAGAAAUGGCACUCUUCCAUUCCCAAGAUCCUCUUCUGUAACAUAUGCUUCUCAGCAGGGAUCCCAUAAGAAGCAAGGUUUUACAAAGAGUUCAAGCUCUAGACAGCGAUCUCUUGCCGAUCCUUUGUUGAAACCAAGCCAGCUUGUUAACCAGGACCUAAAGAUUGAAGACCUUGAAACCAAGCAUUUGGUCCUUGUUCAUGGAGGUGGUUUUGGUGCCUGGUGUUGGUAUAAAAUCAUAACACUUCUAGUGGAAAGUGGGUUCAGAGUUGAUGCAGUUGACUUAACAGGAUCUGGCACCCAUUCAUCUGAUACAAAUAGCAUUAAGACUCUAUCCCAAUACAUAAAGCCACUUACUGAUAUUUUUAACAAGCUCCAAGAAGGAGAGAAAGUGAUCUUGGUGGGACAUGAUAUUGGUGGUGCUUGCAUAUCAUGUAUGAUGGAGUUGUUUCCUUCUCAGAUUGCUAAAUCUGUUUUUAUUGCUGCAACAUUGUUGAACAAUGGGCAGAGUGCCCUUGAUAUAUUAUCCCAACAGACAGGCUUCACUGAUCAGAUGAGACAAGCUCAGGUGUUCCUGUAUGCAAAUGGGAAGGAUAAGCCUCCAACAGCUAUUGACCUUGACAAGGCUUUUUUGGCAGAUUUAUUGUUCAACCAAAGUUCAGCUAAGGACAUUGCCCUGGCAUCUGUAUCAAUGAGACCAAUCCCAUUUGCUCCACUUCUGGAGAAGCUUUCUCUUUCUGACAAGAACUAUGGAUCGAUACCUCGAUUUUAUAUCAAAACUCAAGAAGAUCGUGUGAUACCUGUCUCUUUACAGGAAUCGAUGAUUGAAUCCAAUCCUCCAAAACAAGUUUUCCAAGUUAAAGGUUCUGAUCAUGCACCAUUUUUCUCCAAGCCCCAGGCUCUGCAUAGGAUACUAAUAGAGAUACUGCAGAUUCCACCAAAGAAAACCUGAAUUUUUUGUCACGACACAGCCUGAAAUAAUAAAAUGCCUAAAGAUCUUGCAAACUGGGGCAGGUAGCAAUAGUGUUUUGGCAUCAAAUCAAUAGAUAUGAUCAAAGUUGAACGCAACAUGAACAUGUGCCUGCAUAUGCCAUUAAUUGUUCCCCAUGUGUUUUCUUCAUGUAUUGGAACCACUGGCGUCUUUUUGUCACCAAGAAAGCUUAAUUUCCCUGUCCA